GAUUUGGUCACACUCAAGUUUAGCUUUUUGUUUUUGUUGACUGAAAUAAAUAAAGAAAUUUUAUAAAAUGGAUCCAGUCGUCUUGGUUUUAUCUUACGGAGCGACUACUCCGACGGAAAUAGUCGAAAAUAUAUUCUCCGAAGUUGAUCAACCCAAAGAAGCCACUUCAACGGAGUGUUCUCUGAGUUGUUAUAAAUGCCUCAUCAAAACCAAGUACUACAACACCUCGAUCAACUUAGUACCUUUUUCCGGAAAUCUUGAAAGUGUUCCGGACAAAAUUUUACAGGCAACGGAGGCGUUAAUCAUCUACUUUGAUGCCCAAGAUACUUCGUUUAUCGAAACCAUUCCCAAGACGUUAGCAAAAAAUGAGCAGAUCCAAUUGGGAUUCCUCUUAACGUCUUCCACUUCAGGGGAAGAUAGUGGAUUGUCCUUCGGCGAAAUAAAAGAGCGAACAAAUUUCUUUUUCGACAUCAUUACACUGAAAAGUAAUGUUGAGAGCGACUCAGAUGAGCCGGAAAGGGACUACGAAGAGGUUGUUGAGGGUUUAAAAAAUGUUGUUUGGUCCAAUGUCAAGUUUGGUUCUGAGCACAAAGAAGACAUCAGUUCCGACGAGUUGGAUAAUCAAUUAAAAGACUUUGAAAACCUCCUUCUCACUGCGCAGAGCUUACGGAAUGAUACGAGCCUUACUCGAGAACAAUUCCUGGAUAGAGCUGAGCAGUUCGCCGGAAUUGUCUCCUCGAUUUUAAAUGACAAUGAUAGCGACUAAGCAAACAUAUUGUUCUGUUUGCUACCAUCAAUAAAUUAUAAGUUGAAUUCCA